CAUGGAGCACGCGGUGAUCCAGCGCUUGGCAGCCAGGAUGGGCGUCGCUACGCCCGGAGUUAUCAGCAAAGCCGAGGAAUACCUGCGGCUCUCUCAAGUGAAAUGUGCCACCUUGCUGGUUCAGAUGACGGCCACAAGCAAUGCAGUGAUCUGCCUGGACUUAGCUGCGAGCUUCAUGAAACACCCCGUGGACAAAAGCUACGUGGUGAAACUUUCCGGUUUGAACAAGGCCGCUUACCAGAGCUGCUUGAGGUCAUUUGAAAGCCUGCUUGGCGUACGUUCCAACAUUGGCAUCCGAGACUUGGCCGUUCAGUUCGGCUGCCUGGAGGCAGUGAACAUGGCCUCCAAAAUAUUGCAGAGGUAUGAAUCCGGCUUGCCUGGAUCUCAGCAGACUGAUCUCGACUUGUCCAAACCCUUAUUCACAACAGCCGCACUGUUGACCGCUUGCAGAUGCUUGAAGCUGAAAGUGGAUAAGAGCAAAAUGGUGGCCACAUCUGGUGUGAAGAAAGCCAUUUUCGACCGCCUUUGCAGCCAGCUGGAGAAGAUAAGCAAGCAGAUCAGCCGAGAAAAUGUGCCGCUGACAGCCGAGGCAACGAAACCCCAGAAGACUUUGCAGGAAGGCGUUGCCGGGGCCCAAGGCAAGACACCUCGCAAGCGUCCAAAAAGCGCAGAUGCACCCAGAGAUGACUACGAAGAAUGGAAACGGAGGAUUCUGGAAAACGCUGCCAAAUCGCAGCAGGACGAGGGUUGA